CUUCUCUUUUUCUCAACCGCCGCCCCGGACAUCACCACCCUUGAGAUAGCCUGACCUAUUCGCGCACACAACUCUGUGGCUCAGUCCGUCGACCAUGCCUUCGAAAACACCCCAAGGUUCUCACUCUGCCCAGCCAACAUUCCAAGAUCAACUAGGCGCCGCAGCGCAAGCAGCUCGCCAACCCAGUACUGGUUCCCUGGAAACUAGCAGUCCCAGUCUGAUCGAGAAAGUUGCCGAAUACGUCCCAGGAGUGGCCAACUUCGUAGGGACAGGGAAAAGUAACAAUGAACAAGCGGCCCCAUCGAGACAUUUGUCAGGUCCCCCAACUCGCCCUCAUCACGACGACCAUAUCGCCGAUUUUGUUAGAGACCAGCACCGAAGUAAAAAGCUCGACGGGAACCUCGAAACCUGAAUCAUCCUGCCGAUUAACUUGUACGGGCUAAUAGUUUCACGACGCUCUCAGCCAGCCUGCCCACGAAAUCUUGAGUGAAUGAACACUUACUUGACCUUUGUGUUAGCAUACAUGGCGGUAGGAUAAUUCAUGAAUAGCGAAAGAAAAGAAGAGUGUCUAGCCACUUGAGCUCUCCGUCCGCGAUCUUCCGUCCGUAUUGUCAAGUUUACAAGCCUGUCUAUAUCAACUCGGCCAUUUUGUAA